AUGCAGCUUGUGGGAAGUCUAGAAGAGCAAAACGGAACACAUAUUACGGAAUUCAUCCUCCUCGGAUUUGGGAAUGUUGAGAACGUUAACAUGUCCCUCUUCCUGCUAUUUCUAGCCAUCUAUAUUGUGACUCUCUCUGGAAAUCUUCUAAUUGUUGCACUAGUUGUUGCUGAGCAACGCCUCCACACACCUAUGUAUUUCUUUCUGGCAAAUUUCUCCUUCUUAGAGAUAUGCUACACCUCAUCUAUAUUGCCCAGAAUGCUGGCCAGUUUUCUUACAGGGAACAAAGCAAUUUCUCUUUGGGGCUGUAUUCUCCAGAUGCAUUUCUUUUCAUUCUUGGCAGCUACAGAAUGUUAUCUGUUGGCAGUGAUGUCAUAUGAUCGCUACUUAGCAAUAUGCAGACCAUUGCAUUAUGUUACUCUUAUGAGUGACAGAACAUGUACCCUGCUGGUUUCAGUAUCAUGGAUAACUGGUUUCCUGCUUAUAACCAUCUUAACAUGUCUGUCAGGGCAGCUCAUUUUUUGCCGCCAAUUUACAAUUGAUCAUUUCUUGUGUGAUUUCACACCCCUUGUAAGACUUUCUUGCAGUGACACUUCAGUUAUUGAAACUGCAGCUUUUGUAACCUCAUCCAUAGGGAUUGUGCCCACAUUUAUCAUAACUGUAGCAUCUUAUGGUUUCAUCAUCAGCACCAUUCUGAGAAUCCCAUCCAGAACUGGUAGGAAAAAGGCAUUUUCCACUUGUUCUUCCCACCUCACUGUAGUUUCUUUUUUUUAUGUAUCCUUAAUGAUUGUCUAUAUUUUACCAACAACUGGUAAAUUUAAAGAUCUAAAUAAGAUACUCUCUCUUGUGUACACAGUCCUGACUCCUAUGGCCAACCCCUUUAUAUACAGCCUAAGGAACAAAGAUGUAAAAGAUAUAGUUAGAAAAGCAUUCUACCAGGUUUUGAAUUUUUCUGGGAUUCACUGA